AUGAGGGAUGAGAGAGCAAGGGAAGAGAGGAGAGGGGAGGAGAGCAAGGGAAGAGAGAAGAGGAGGGGAGGUGAAGGGAGGAGAGGAGAUGAGGAGGCUGGAGGAGGGCUGAUGUGAAGAUAGGUGGCAAGGUGUUUCGUGAGAGUGUAGUUAUUCAGCGUGGGUGUGUCCCUGUCACAGCUGAGACUGGGAGCAGAGCAUGCACACAAACACACACAUAAACACAUACACAAACAAACACACACACACCACCAACAACAACAGUUCUAAAACAACCUACCACAGCCUAGGACAGCCAGCGCAGGAAAUAUACAAACUGCAUAGUUAUGGCAAUGAUCACAGUCAGCACAAUUAUCACCUUCACAGGAAUUAUGGUCAGAGCAGCCAAAUCACACCCACAACACAAGGUUAACAGUCAGAGCAGUCAAAACACACCCGAAACACAAGGUUAACAGUCAAAGCAGCCAAAACACACCCACAACACAAUGUUAAAAGUCAGAGCAGCCAAAACACAAGGUUAACAGUCAGAGCUGCCAAAACACACCCACAACAUUUAGCAGACGCUCUUAUCCAGAGCGACUUACAGUUAGUGAGUGCAUACAUUUUUCAUACUGGCCCCCCGUGGGAAUCAAACCCACAACCCUGUCGUUGCAAGCGCCAUGCUCUACCAACUGAGCUACAGGAGGGCCACAACACAAGGUAAACAGUCAGAGCAGCUCUAACGACCGCCACAGGAAAGGAAGACCCAGAGUUUCCUCUGCUGCAGAGGAUAAGUUCAUUAGAGUUACCAGCCUCAGAAAUCGGAAAUUAACUGCACCUCAGAUUGCAGCCCAAAUAAAUGCUUCACAGAGUUCAAAUAACAGACAUCUCAACAUCAACUGUUCAGAGGAGACCGCGUGACUCAGGCCUUCAUGGUCGAUUUUUCUGCAAAGAAACCAAUACUAAAGGAAACCAAUAAUAGGAAGAGACUUGCUUGGGCCAAGAAACACGAGCAAUGGACAUUAGACCGUUGGAAAUCUGUCCUUUGGUCUGUAGUCCAAAUGUGAGAUUUUUGGUUCCAACCGCUGUGUCUUUGUGAGACGCAGAGUAGGUGAACGGAUGAUCUCCACAUGUGUGGUUGCCACCGUGAAGCAUGGAGGAGGAGGUGUGAUGGUGUAGGGGUGCUUUGCUGGUGACACUGUCUGUGAUUUAUUUAGAAUUCAAGGCACACAACCAGCAUGGCUACCACAGCAUUCUGCAGCAAUAUGCCAUCCCAUCUGGUUUGCGCUUAGUGGGACUAUCAUUUGUUUUUCAACAGCACAAUGACCCAAAACACACCUCCAGGCUGUGUAAGGGCUAUUUGACCAAGAAGGAGAGUGAUGGAGUGCUGCAUCAGAUGUUCUGGCCUCCACAAUCACCCAACCUCAACCCAAUUGAGAUGGUUUGGGAUGAGUUGGACCGCAGAGGGAAGGAAAAGUGCCAACAAUUGCUCUAUAUAUGUGGGAACUCCUUCAAGACUGUUGGAAAAGCAUUCCAGGUGAAGCUGGUUGAGAGAAUGCCAAGUGUGUGCAAAGCUGUCAUCAAGGCAUGGGUUUGCUACUUUGAAGAAUCUAAAAUCUAAAAUAUAUUUUGAUUUGUUUAACACUUUUCUGGUUACUACAUGAUUCCAUAUGUGUUAGUUCAUAGUUUUGAUGUCUUCACUAUUAUUCUACAAUGUAGAAAAUAGUAAAAAUAAAGAAAAACCCUUGAAUGAACAGGUGUGUCCAAACUUUUGACUGGUACUGUAUAUAUAUACACUGAACAAAAAUAUAAACGCAACAUGCAACAAUUUCAAAGAUUUUACUGAGUUACAGUUCAUAUAAGGACAUCAGUCAAUUAAAAUAAAUUCAUUAGGUCCUAAUCUAUGGAUUUCACAUGACUGGGAAUACAGAUAUGCAUCUGUUGGUCACAUAUACCUUUAAAAAAAUAAGGUAGGGGCAUAGAUCAGAAAACCAGUCAGUAUCUGGUGUGACCACCAUUUGCCUCAUGCAGCGCGACACAUCUCCUUCGCAUAGAGUUGAUCAGGCUGUUGAUUGUGCCAACCCACAGUUUUAUCAGCUGUCCGGGUGGCUGGUCUCAGACGAUCCCGCAGGUGAAUGGACAUUUUCGGGGAUCUUUUAUUUCAGCUCAUGUAACAUGGGACGAACACUUUACAUGUUGUGUUUAUAUUUUUGUUCAGUAUAUAUAGAGAGAUGUCUAUAUAUGGCUCUGGUCAUAACUAAUACAUAGGGUGCUGCUGCAGUACGUAGCUAAACCAGUUGAAUGCUGGGAGAUAUAGGGGCAGAGGCAGACGCAACGGAAGUAGUUGGCCAUGACAAGGCAAGGCCACCAUAUUGUAGAUGGUGGGUCAUUGAAUAAUUUACUGACUGGAUACUUCUGCCCAUGAAGAAGUAGAAUAUGUGUUAGAUGGUGUCUUUUCCCAUAAGAAACCAAAAUAUGUUGCUUUGAGCAUUUGUCUGAAGUAUAAUCAAGUGUGUUGUUUGUAUGUUUGUGCAUUGCGGAAGAGACUGUUGUUGUUUUUCCCGGCUGGAAUGAAAGCAUCAGAGUAUAACCUUUGAUUGUGUUUCAGGCUUUCUGCAUGUGAGAUGAUGCUGUUUUUAUUUUAGUACAGAUGAAUUAUUGAAGCAGUUAGAGUGCAGCGGGGGGGAGGAGGAGGGGGAGGAGUGUGAUAUGAUGCAUUGGUCUGAAAUGAAGUCCUCAUGCUCUUUGUCUGUCUCUGUUUCUGCCUUGCCUCACCUCUGCCUCUCAAAAUGAAGACUUACAGUGUAAACCUACAUAUACCCACUUCUGUCAAUCAUUUUGUAAGCCAGUAGAUCUUUGAUGUAGUGUCAAGAGCGCCCAUAGGAUUAUAAGAAUGAUCACAGUUAAAGAGCAGUGUGUCCUGUUCUGGGUUAGAGAGCUGUGUACCCUGUUCUGGGUUAGAGAGCUGUGUGUCCUGUUUAGAGGUAGAGUACAGACCUAUGUGUGUGUAAGAGUCUUAAGAAUUUCAUGCGUGUUCUGGAUGAGAGGUGGGCUGCAUCUCAAAUGGCACCCGAUAUAUCCUUAUGGGCCCUGGUUAAAAGUAGUGCACUAUGUAGGGAAUAGGGUGCCACUUUGGAAUGUAAUCGUGGUGCGGGUCUCAGUGAGUGGGGGUUCAUCAGUGGGGCAUCUGAGGUCCCUGACCUUCAGGUGACAUUCUUCCUGAGAAUAGCUAACCAUCCAGACAACCUACUUCACUCCUUUAAGGUCUAUAGUAUGAUUGUUGCUGCCCACCACUCAAUUCUCUGAAUGGAGAAAAGGUUAAUAGGUUUUUAUCCUGAAUGAUGUUCCUGGAAAGAGACUUUGUAAACAAAGACCCGACAAUGCAACUUAUACCAUGGAAUUGUUGUUUCUGAUUAGCUUGAAGGGCAUUCUAGAGUGUGCAUUAUUUCCCUAUAAUGCACGGUAUGUUUGCACAGUAGAAUUCAAUGGCUAUAGUUCAUUCUUACAUGUUCUAUUUUUGAUCUGCUUUUGAACUGAAAACAUUAUUGGCAAUGUUGAAUUUGAUUUUCAUAAUGGCAAGCUAGGACUGACGGUUUGGUUAGCUAAACUAGCAAGUCUGUUUGUUUGGUUACCAUGGCAACUACUUUAGCUAUCUAGUAAACUUGCUAGCUACUUCAGUGGACGUUGAACACAUUUUUACUGGCAAAUGAACACAUUUCUAAAAUUAUAAUAGAUACAGUGCAUUCGGAAAGUUUUCAGACUCCUUGACUUUUUCCACAUUUUGUUACGUUACAGCCUUAUUCUGAAACGGAUUAAAUUGUGUCUUUUUUUACCUCAUCAAUCUACACACAAUACUGCAUAAUGACAAAGGAAAAACAGGUUUUUAUAAAUCUUUGCAAAUGUAUUAAAAAUAAAAAACUUAAAUAUCACAUUUACAUAAGUAUUCAGAACCUUUACUUAGUACUUUGUUGAAGCGCCUUUGGCAGCGAUUACAGCCUCUAGUCUUUUUGGGUAUGACGCUACAAGCUUGGCACACCUGUAUUUGGGGAGUUUCUCCCAUUCUUCUCUGCAGAUCCUCUCAAGCUCUGUCAGGUUGGAUGGGGAGUGUCGCUGCAAAUAUAUUUUCAGGUCUCUCCAGAGAUGUUCGAUCGGGUUCAAGUCCGGCCUCUGGCUGUACCACUGAAGGACAUUCAGAGACUUGUCCUGAAGCCACUCCUGCAUUGUCUUGGCUGUGUGCUUAGGGUCGUUGUCCUGUUGGACGGUAAACCUUCACCCCAGUCUGAGGACCUGAGUGCUCUGGAGCAGGUUCUCAUCAAGGAUCUCUCUGUACAUUGCUCCAUUCAUCUUUCCCUCGAUCGUCUCCCAGUCCCUGCCGCUGAAAAACAUUCCCACAGCAUGAUGCUGCCACCACCAAGCUUCACCGUAGGGAUGGUGCCAGGUUUCCUCCAGAUGUGACUCUUGGCAUUCAGGCCAAAGAGUUCAAUCUUGGUUUCAUCAGACCAGAGAAUCUUGUUUCGUGGUUGAGCUUCUGGAAGGUUCUUCCAUCUUUACAGAGGAACCAUCAGGUUCUUGGUCACCUCCCUGACCAAGGCCCUUCUCCCCAAUUGCUCAGUUUGGCCGGGUGGCCAGCUCUAGGAAGAGUCUUGGUGGUUCCAAACUUCUUCCAUUUAAGAAUGAUGGAGGCCGCUGUGUUCUUGGGGACCUUCAAUGCGGCAGACAUUUUUCAGUGCCCUUCCCUACAUAAGGGACCGCAACAUCUGUGCCUCGAUACAAUCCUGUCUAGGAACUCUACAAACAAUUCCUUCGACCUCAUGGCUUGGUUUUUGCUCUGACAUGCACUGCCAACUGUGGGACCUUAUAUAGACAGGUGUGUGCCUUUCCAAAUCAUGUCCAAUCAAUUGAAUUUACAACAGGUGGACUCAAAUCAAGUUGUAGAAACAUCUCAAUAAUGAUCAAUGGAAACAGGAUACAUCUGAGCUCAAUUUUGAGUCUCAUAGCAAAGGGUCUGAAUACUUAUGUAAAUAAGGUAUUUCUGUUUUUUAGUUUUUAUACAUUUGCAAACAUUUCUAAAAACCUGUUUCGCUUUGUCAUUAUGGGGUAUUGUGUGUAGAUUGAUGAGGAUUUUUUUAAAAUAUAAUACAUUUUAGAAUGAGGCUGUAACGUAACAAAAUGUGGAAAAAGUCAAGGGGUCUGAAUACUUUCCGAAUGCACUAUAUAGGCUACUAACACCCUUGCCUUUCUUGCACGAACACUCACACUUGUCUUUUCUUAGUAGCACUGACUUUGCUGAUAGCUGCUUUAUUUAGGAAAAAUAAGCUUACUAUGACUAUGAUAUGUGGUUGUCUGUAAGUCAUUCUGGAUAAGAGUGUCUGCUACAGUGGAGGCUCUGAAAGCCAUUAAGUUAACCCCUGGUGCCAUCGUUUGGAGUGCAUUACAUGGGUGAGAACAUCCUAAUGGAGGGGAAUGUGUGAGUGGUACAAUGAGUUGAUCUGAACCAUGUGACUAAUCCAGUUAACUGGAGAUAACCAUCACAUCAGCUCCCUGUCAUACAGCAGCCACUGGACGGUGGGGCUUUAGACUGUGUGUGUGUGUGUAUGUGUGUGUGUGAGUGAAUUAAUGUGUACUUACAGUAUGUACAUUCAGUACGUUUAAGUGAUAAUGCCCUUGAAGCCGGCGUUCAGAGGAUAUAUUGGCAGAGUUGUUGUUUGUCCCGGGUCGGCAAACCGUGCCAAUAUAUCCUCCAAACACCGGCUUCAAGGGCAUUAUCACUUUUAUACAACGGGUUACCAACAUAUUCAAGUAAUGAUUGACAUAUUUUCAUUGAAAACGUUAUUUUGAUGAUUUUUUUCAUACUAUUUCAUCCUUCCAUGAGAUAUAGUCCCGACACAAAUCUAGGUUUGCUACCCAAGCCGGCUGGUUGUUCGUUCUAUCGGUUCGGUUGCCAGAGACGCGGCCCAGUCGUUAAGUCUUUUUGUUCUAAAUCUAUGGACGCCACCCAGUCGUUCGUUCUAAAUGUUUCGUUGCCAUGAUGGCUGCAACGUUCUUAUCCUUUGCUUGCUAGCUAGCCAACUUCGGCUAACACAGUCAUGUCAAACAAUGCAGCCAGAAUAACAGCAAGGUAGCUGCAUUUGCAUUUGUUUAAUCUGUAACAAUAACAAUGAGCUAAUGAUGCACGAUUUCCAGGACACUGUUCAGAGGAGCUAGCCAACUACACAGCUAUCACAAUAACUUCAAACUGAAGCUGGAAUGACAGCAAAUGACAUGCUGAUUCAUGAUUCAUGAUUUCGACUGGCUAUGAAAAGCUGCCAGCCUGUCUGUCUCGUCCUGACUCCCGACACGUUCAUUAAUAUGGGACAUCUGGAGAUCGAAUUUCAAUAUUGAAACAAUGUUGCAAAUGUCGGAAAGACAGACAGCAAGGUUAAUACAAAUCUCCGCUGUUGAAAACCAAAUGUUAGUCUAAACAAAAUGGGAGAUAAUAUCUAGAUGCUUUUACAGUAGAGAUCAAGUUUAUAAAUAAAUUGCCUGACUGGGCUGAUGAGACAGUGGAUUGCACAGUCAGAUGGAAUAGUGAAUAGGCAUUUCAACAUCAUAGCCUUAGCUGGUGGUAACUUGUGGAAUAGACACCGGCUGGAACAUGAUUUUAACCAAUCAGCCUCCAGGAUUAGACCCACCCGUUGUAUAAGUAAGGGAUAAUCAUCGAGGGGCUGUACGUUCUAUGGAAAAUAGUGUAUGACAUGGAAGGUGUAUUCUGCAACGCAUUAGCAGAGUGGAACAAACCUUCCACAGAGUUGCUUUAUUUUCCAGAGAACGCACAGAGCCCUGAGUUGAUUAUCCCUUUUAUACCAUAGCUAUAAAUUAACAUAUUUGCCGCUAGAAAUGUAUUCAUUUGCCAGUAGAAAUGUGAAAACAUCCACUGAAGUAGCUACUAGCUAGUUAGAUAGCUACAGUAGUUGCCUUGGUAACCAAACAAACAGACUUACUAUUUUAGUUAACCAAACCAUCAUCCUAGCUUGCUAUUAUGAAAAUCUAAUUCAACAAUGCCAAUAAUGUUUUCAAUUUGACUUUUGCUUUCAAAAGCAGCUCAAAAAUAGAACAUGUAAGAAUGAACUUCAUAGCCAUUGAAUUAUACCAUGCAAUAUAGGGAAAUAAUGCACGCACUAGAAUGCCCUUCAAGCCAAUCGAAAAUGUGUAUUCAACAAUGCCAUGGUAUAAGUAUGUACAGUGGGGAGAACAAGUAUUUGAUACACUGCCGAUUUUGCAGGUUUUCCUACUUACAAAGCAUGUAGAGGUCUGUACUUUUUAUCAUAGGUACACUUCAACUGUGAGAGACGGAAUCUAAAACAAAAAUCCAGAAAAUCACAUUGUAUGAAUUUUAAGUAAUUAAUUUGCAUUUUAUUGCAUGAUAUAAGUAUUUGAUCACCUACCAACCAGUAAGAAUUCCGGCUCUCACAGACCUGUUAAUUUUUCUUUAAGAAGCCCUCCUGUUCUCCACUCAUUACCUGUAUUAACUGCACCUGUUUGAACUCGUUACCUGUAUAAAAGACACCUGUCCACACACUCAAUCAAACAGACUCCAACCUCUCCACAAUGGCCAAGACCAGAGAGCUGUGUAAGGACAUUAGGGAUAAAAUUGUAGACCUGCACAAGGCUGGGAUGGGCUACAGGACAAUAGGCAAGCAGCUUGGUGAGAAGGCAACAACUGUUGGCGCAAUUAUUAGAAAAUGGAAGAAGUUCAAGAUGACGGUCAAUCACCCUCGGUCUGGGGCUCCAUGCAAGAUCUCACCUCGUGGGGCAUCAAUGAUCAUGAGGAAGGUGAGGGAUCAGCCCAGAACUACACGGCAGGACCUGGUCAAUGACCUGAAGAGAGCUGGGACCACAGUCUCAAAGAAAACCAUUAGUAACACACUACGCCGUCAUGGAUUAAAAUCCUGCAGCGCACGCAAGGUCCCCCUACUCAAGCCAGCGCAUGUCCAGGCCCGUCUGAAGUUUGCCAAUGACCAUCUGGAUGAUCCAGAGGAGGAAUGGGAGAAGGUCAUGUGGUCUGAUGAGACAAAAAUAGAGCUUUUUGGUCUAAACUCCACUCGCCGUGUUUGGAGGAAGAAGAAGGAUGAGUACAACCCCAAGAACACCAUCCCAACCGUGAAGCAUGGAGGUGGAAACAUCAUUCUUUGGGGAUGCUUUUCUGCAAAGGAGACAGGACGACUGCACCGUAUUGAGGGGAGGAUGGAUGGGGCCAUGUAUCGCAAGAUCUUGGCCAACAACCUCCUUCCCUCAGUAAGAGCAUUGAAGAUGGGUCGUGGCUGGGUCUUCCAGCAUGACAACGACUCGAAACACACAGUCAGGGCAACUAAGGAGUGGCUCCGUAAGAAGCAUCUCAAGGUCCUUGAGUGGCCUAUCCAGUCUCCAGACCUGAACCCAAUAGAACAUAUUUGGAGGGAGCUGAAAGUCCGUAUUGCCCAGCGGCAGCCCCGAAACCUGAAGGAUCUGGAGAAAGUCUGUAUGGAGGAGUGGGCCAAAAUCCCUGCUGCAGUGUGUGCAAACCUGGUAAAGACCUACAGGAAACGUAUGAUCUCUGUAAUUGCAAACAAAGGUUUCUGUACCAAAUAUUAAGUUCUGCUUUUCUGAUGUAUCAAAUACUUUUGUCAUGCAAUAAAAUGCAAAUUAAUUACUUAAAAAUCAUACAAUGUGAUUUUCUGGAUUUUUGUUUUAGAUUCCGUCUCUCGCAGUUGAAGUGUACCUAUGAUAAAAAUUACAGACCUCUACAUGCUUUGUAAACCUGCAAAAUUGGCAGUGUAUCAAAUACUUGUUCUCCCCGCUGUAUAUACUGUAUGUGUGUGUGGAUAUGUUUAUUGGACUGUCAGUAAAGACACGAUCACAUCACAACUGUUUGUCAGAUCAGAGACUAUGUAACGUACGUACACACCCACACAUGCACACACAUUCUAUCUGGAGAGAUGUUGCAUAUUGCAUUCUCAUUGCAGUGUCAACAGGCAAUGAGAACAUCCCACGACACUGCAGUCCAAAUUAGAAGGACCUUACCUCAGCACGAGAUUUAAACCUCGCUCCACUAAACACUGCCCUCUGUGUGUGUGUGUGUGUAUAAAUACAAGUGUGUGUGUGUCCACUAAUCAAGCUUUCAAUUAUGCUAAUCAAGAAGCAGUUAGUUCAUAAUGAUCCCCAUUAAAACCAAUGCGCUGAGUCAGCUGUGGUCUGAAAGGUCUAAUGUUGGUCUGAUGUGGCUCACUGGCUCUGCUACAUGACAGUCCUUUAUAAUGGAAGGCUUACACAUACUCCGUUAUGCUGUUAUGUAAAUAUAUGCACAGUGAGGAUGAUACCAGGGCAUGAUGAAUAUGGACUGGGUGAUAUGAAAUAGAAGGGUAGUUGUAGACUGCAGUGUGUACUAGAUAAGGAUGUUUAAAGUUCAAUAUAAAUAUAAACUUUGAGUAUGAAUAUGAACUAGAAGGGUUCAUUUUAGGGCAAUAUGAAUAUAUAUUGAAACGGUAAUGAGACUUUAGUAUGAAAAGAGGGGUGAUUAGUUCAACAUGAAUAUGUACUAGAAUGGUCAUAGAGUAAUAUACACACACAUCCACUCUACUGCGAUGAUGACAUUAGGCUAGUUUGAAUAUGUACUGUCAGGUUGUUUUUGCUUGCUCCUGUCUACAUAUUUGGCUUGGAGUCCACUUGGAAAGUUCACACGGUGGUCACAGACUGGUACACUUGAAUCGCUGAGCAUCAAACGCGGCUGUGGGGGCAAUUACAUGGCAUGUUGUCUUGAAACUCCUUUUGUGGAUGUUUUUGUGUAUGUAUGCCUUUUCUUCCAGUUACACAAUUGUAUCCCUCUCCCUCUGUGUGUAUGUGUUUGUUUGUGUGCAUAUGUGUGUGUGUAUGUGUGUGUGUGUGUGUGUGUGUGUGUAGCUGCCUUGGGCGCGGAGAUAGAGGAGCGAUUGGUGACCUACCUGCUGUCUCCCGAGCGCUACAACAAACUGAUCAGACCUGCUGUCAACAAGAGCCAACAGGUCACCAUCCAUAUACAGGUGUCCCUGGCCCAGCUCAUUAGUGUGGUGAGUACACACACCACGCACGUGCGCGCACGCACGCACACACACACACACACAUUCUCUCUCAUGCUUCUCUCUCCCUGUCUGUCUGUUGCAGAAUGAGAGAGAACAGAUCAUGACCACCAACUGCUGGCUGACUCAGGUAUGGAAUGACUACAGGUUGAUGUGGGACCCAGAGGAGUAUGAGGGCAUUAAGAAGGUCCGCCUCCCAUCUCAACACAUCUGGCUGCCUGACAUCGUCCUCUACAACAAGUGAGUGAGCUGUGUGUGUUUGUGUGUGUGUGUGUGUUAUGUGUAAAUAUAAUCCAUAUCUAUAUAUCAGACACUAUCUAAAGUUGAAGUCGGAAGUUUACAUACACCUUAGCCAAAUACAUUUAAACUCAGUUUUUCACAAUUCCUGCCAUUUAAUCCUAGUAAAAAUGCACUGUCUUAGUUCAGUUAGGAUCACCACUUUAUUUUAAGAAUGUGAAAUGUCAGAAUAAUAGUAAAGAGAAUGAUUUAUUUCAGGUUUUAUUUCUUUCAUCACAUUCCCAGUGGGUCAGAAGUUUACAUACACUCAAUUAGUAUUUGGUAGCAUUGCCUUUAAAUUGGUUUAACUUGGGUCAAAUGUUUCGGGUAGCCUUCCACAAGCUUCCCACAAUAAGUUGGGUGAAUUUUGGCCCAUUCCUCCUGACAGAGCUGGUGUAACUGAGCCAGGUUUGUAGGCCUCCUUGCUCGCACACGCAUUUUCAGUUCUGCCCACACAUUUUCAGGGCUUUGUGAUGGCCACUCCAAUACCUUGAAUUUGUUGUCCUUAAGCCAUUUUGCCACAACUUUGGAUGUAUGCUUGGGGUCAUUGUCCAUUUGGAAGACCCAUUUGCGACCAAGCUUUAACUUCCUGACUGAUGUCUUGAGAUGUUGCUUCAAUAUAUCCACAUCAUUUUCCUUCCUCAUGAUGCCAUCUAUUUUGUGAAGUGCACCAGUCCCUCUUGCAGCAAAGCACCCCCACAGCAUGAUGCUGCCACCCCCGUGCUUCACGGUUGGGAUGGUGUUCUUCGGCUUGCAAGCCAUCCUCCAAACAUAACGAUAGUCAUUAUGGCCAAACAGUUAUAUUUUUGUUUCAUCAGACCAGAGGACAUUUCUCCAAAAAGUACAAUCUUUGUCCCCAUGUGCAGUUGCAAACCGUAGUCUGGCUUUUUUAUGGGUGUUUUGGAGCAGUACGCUUCUUCCUUGCUGAGCGGCCUUUCAGGUUAUGUCGAUAUAGGACUCGUUUUACUGUGGAUAUAGAUACUUUUGCACCUGUUUCCUCCAGCAUCUUCACAAGGUCCUUUGCUGUUGUUCUGGGAUUGAUUUGCACUUUUCGCACCAAAGUACGUUCAUCUCUAGGAGACAGAACGCCUCUCCUUCCUGAGCGGUAUGACGGCUGCGUGGUCCCAUGGUGUUUAUACUUGCGUACUAUUGUUUGUGCAGAUGAACGUGGUACCUUCAGGCGUUUGGAAAUUGUUCCGAAGGAUGAACCAGACUUGUGGAGGUGGUCCUCUGUAGCUCAGCUGGUAGAGCACGGCGCUUGUAACGUCAAGGUAGUGGGUUCGAUCCCCGGGACCACCCAUACACAAAAAAAAAUGUAUGCACGCAUGACUGUAAGUCGCUUUGGAUAAAAGCGUCUGCUAAAUGGCAUAUUACAUUAUUACAUUACAAUUAAUUUUCUGAGGUCUUGGCUGAUUUCUUUUGAUUUCCCCUUGAUGUCAAGCAAAGAGGCACUGAGUUUGAAGGUAGGCCUUGAAAUACAUCCACAGGUACACCUCCAAUUGACUCAAAUGAUGUCAAUUAGCCUAUCAGAAGCUUCUAAAGCCAUUACAUAAUUUUCUGGAAUUUUCCAAGCUGUUUAAAGGCACAGUCAACUUAGUGUAUGUAAAUGUCUGACCCACUCGAAUUGUGAUACAGUGAAUUAUAAAUUAAAUAAUCUGUCUGUAAACAAAUUGUUGGAAAAAUGACUUGUGUCAUGCACAAAGUACAUGUCCUAACCGACUUGCCAAAACGAUAGUUUGUUAACAAGAAAUUUGUAGAGUGGUUGAAAAACGAGUUUUAAUGACUCCAACCUAAGUGUAUGUAAACUUCUGACUUCAACUGUAUGUGUUAUAAAUAAGGUUAGAGCCAUCUCAAACUAUAGCAUCGCUCAAUUAAAAUACCAAUCAUUCAAGUAAUAUCUAAUGUAACAAAUACUCUACUUCUACUUGUCAGUUGCUAUCAGGAUAAUGAGUAAAAGGAAAAGCAUUGGUAACACCUUGAUUGAAGUGUGGGCUUAAAGUCCCAUCAUGACAAAGGUGUAGGUGGUAAUAGCAGCAGCAGUUCGGUUGGUCAGGGCCUACUGAAGAGUCUCCUCCUAAUACAAUUAACUGGACUACGUACACCUCUGCACAACACUGUAUGUAUAUACGUAACGGCAGCAUCCCUCCCUCUGCAUACAUAGAUAUAUCCCCACUGUAAAUUGUAUUUCCUCACUGUCAAUCAGCCCAUACUGUGAUGAGUGUGAUAGAAGGAGUCAGGCGCAGGAGGGUAAUCACCGAAUGCAGAGUUUAUUCCGUCGUACACAACUAGUGCUGGAUAGCGACAAAUGAAACAGGCACAGGGGAAAAUCUCCCCUGGCAAUACAAGGUAACGGUAUCUCCAACAAUGAAAUAUCUACCUCGGCAAUAACAAUGUACGAGUAGCUCCACCGAGCUACACUACUCUCACAAAUAAACAAUCACCCACAAGGACAAGGGGACAGAGGGUUACACUUAUACACUGACUAAUGAGGGGAUAAGAAACAGGUGUGUGUAAUUAACAAGACAAGACAAAUGGAAUGAUGAUAUAUGGAGCGGCAGUGGCUAGAAGGCCGGUGACGACGAACGCCGAAGCCUGCCCGAACAAGGAGGGGAGGCAGCCUAGGCGGAAGUCGUGACACAUACCCUAGACUAGUAUUUUAUGUUUCAAGUUUACUGUAUUUAUAUUGUAUGUUGACUGUGUGUAAAUUCCUCUGACUGUAUUCUGUCUGUACAUUUGUCUAUUGCUGGCAGCACUAAUUCGCAGGUUGGCAUUUAUUGUCAUGAAUCUUGCCCUGGAUGCAGCUCUGCAGAGUGGUCACUAGCUGGCACAGCCACAAAGUCAUAAAGUCAUCAACCUAACCCUAAGCUUAACCCUAACCUUAACCACACUGCUAACCAUAAUGCCUAACCCUAACCUUAAAUGAACACCAAAAAGCUUGUAUUUGUUUUCAUGAAUUCUUACAAUAUAGCCAAUUUUGACUUUGCAGCUGGCCCUUCUAGCGGAAAUCAGUAAGUCAAAUGCUGGGUAUGUGUAAAUGUACUUGGCGACUAAUAGUAAUUCUGGUUCUAAUCUGAGCCUCAGCUAACCCAAGGUCUGCAGGAGGGAGGGCUAAAGUCAAGAUGUGAUUACUGUAAUCAUUUGGAGGGAGGGAACAGGAGACAGAGAUGAGGGCUUAGAGAGAGGGGAUAGAUGAGCACUGUUAAAUCUGCAGAGAGGAGAUUUGGAUUAUGAAACACAUGUGUGUGUGUGAUCAGAGGCCAGGUCAGGUGGCUGUGUGUGUGUGUGUGACAGAAAGGCUCUCGCCCUCACCUGUUUCACACUCCAGAUACUCAACACCACCACCAUGGGAGUUCUGUCCUGAUCUAGUCUUUCUGGACUUUAGCCUCUAUAGUGAAAAUGUGCAAAUUAUUUUAGUUGUGUGAAGCAUCAUGUGAAAUAUGGAAGUGCCAUAGAUUUUAUAUUUGAUUAUAUUGGGUUGGCUUGUUAAAGUGAAAAUACAUGAUUUCAUUCAUGCCUGAAUAUGUUAAGAUGACAAAUGUUUGAUUGACUAUAAAGUUAUUAGGAUAUUGAGUAAUAGAUGUUUUCAGGUAUAGUUGUGCUGGUAUCAAGGUAGAGCUGUACUGGAAUUGUUUGGGUCAAAGUCACAGCCAUAUCUUUAUAUCUCAAUGUGUUGGAAACCUGAUCUGCAGGUUGAUAGUUACAGUUGUUUGGGUAUAAAGCUAUCAGUGUUUAUAGCUGUUUGGGUAUAGAGCUGUAGUUGUUUGGGUAUAGAGCUAGUUGUUUGGGUAUAGAGCUAUAGUUGUUUGGGUAUAGAGCUAGUUGUUUGGGUAUAGAGCUAUAGUUGUUUGGGUAUAGAGCUAGUUGUUUGGGUAUAGAGCUGAAGUUGUUUGGGUAUAGAGCUAGUUGUUUGGGUAUAGAGCUAUAGUUUUUUGGGUAUAGAACUAGUUGUUUGGGUAUAGAGCUAUAGUUGUUUGGGUAUAGAGCUAGUUGUUUGGGUAUAGAGCUAGUUGUUUGGGUAUAGAGCUAUAGUUGUUUGGGUAUAGAGCUAUAGUUGUUUGGGUAUAGAACUAGUUGUUUGGGUAUAGAGCUAGUUGUUUGGGUGUAGAGCUAUAGUUGUUUGGGUAAAGAGACUUUUAACCAGCUGCAUAUUUAGGACAGGAGGAGAUUUAUUGUGUAGAGCAGCGUGUCAGUGUGUGUGUCUGUGUGUGUGUUUUUGUGGUUAGGAGCAGAGCAGUGUGAUGGCUGGACUCCUCCUGACCUGCUUUAUAAUUUAUAACACUUUGAUGUAUAAUGCAACACCUGCAACCUGGUGAGAAUCUAAAUUUGAAAUCUCAGCAGAUUCAGGCCUGUCCUGUGACAGGGGUGUCUGACGCAGUUUCCCCCGUCCCUGUCCCUUGUCUCCAAGCACAACAACCCAAAUGCCCAGUCAACAACACCAGCUACCAUAUCUCCCUCUGUGUGUGUCUUACCUAAUGCUAACAUCCACCAAUGUCUUACCUAUUGCUAACAUCUAUCUUAUUCUUCUAUGCAUUUCUCUUCUUCUUCUAUGUAUUUAUCUUCUUCUUCUUCUUCUAUGCAUUUAUCUUCUUCUAUGUUUUUAUCUUCUUCUUCUAUGCAUUUCUCUUCUUCUUCUAUGUAUUUCUCUUCUUCUAUGUAUGUAUCUUCUUCUUCUAUGUAUUUAUCUUCUUCUAUGUAUUUAACUUCUUCUAUGUAUUUAUCUUCUUCUUCUUCUAUGUAUUUAUCUUUGUCUUCUAUGUAUUUAUCUGUGUGGUAUCUCUGACACCUCCCUCUCUCUCUCCCGUGGUGUCCUGUCUCUCAAUGCUGAUAGGAACUAUGUGGUCUCCUUCUAAUAUGUAUCUAUGUGUGUAUGUGUGCUGGUUCUGAUUCCUUUCUGUCUUCACUUCACCUCAGUGCUGAUGGGAACUACGAGGUGUCAUUCUACUCCAACACGGUGGUCUCCAACAAUGGAGAGGUGUACUGGCUGCCCCCCGCCAUCUACAAGUCGGCCUGCAAGAUUGAGGUACGCGACUUCCCCUUCGACCAGCAGAACUGCACACUCAAGUUCCGGUCCUGGACCUACGACCACACAGAGAUCGACCUGAUCCUGCUCAGCGAUUUCGCCAGCCGUGACGACUUCAAGCCCAGUGGUGAGUGGGACAUUGUGUCUCUGCCGGGUCGCAAGAACGAAGACCCCUCUGACAUCACCUACCUGGACAUCACCUAUGACUUCAUCAUCAAGCGCAAGCCACUGUUCUACACCAUCAACCUGAUCAUCCCCUGUGUUCUCAUUACCUCUCUGGCUAUCUUAGUGUUCUACCUGCCGUCUGACUGUGGAGAGAAGAUGACUCUCUGUAUUUCAGUCCUCCUGGCCCUCACUGUGUUCCUGCUGCUGAUCUCCAAGAUCGUCCCGCCUACGUCUCUAGCUGUCCCUCUCAUAGGGAAGUAUCUGAUGUUUGCCAUGGUGCUGGUCACCUUCUCCAUCGUCACCAGUGUGUGUGUGCUCAACGUGCACCACCGCACGCCCUCCACACACACCAUGCCCCCCUGGGUCAAACGUCUCUUCCUGCACCGUCUCCCCUCCUUCCUGUUCAUGCGUCGGCCGGGCAGCUCCAACAUCCGAGAGAGGUUCCGCCAGAAGCACCAGCAGCGCUCCUACUCCGACGGGGCGGUGGCAGUGGCCCCGGCCGCGGGGGGGAAUGGGGGUGGCAGAGGGGUCUGGGAUAGGCGGGGCCGACUCCUUCUAUGUGAACGAGGAGUCAGCCAAGCGGUACGGCUGGAAGAUCAGCGACCUGUCGGAGAACACAGAGUUCAGGAAGAGGAUGACGGUGAAGUGUCACGCAGACGUUGAGGAGGCUGUGGACGGGGUGCGCUACGUCGCCGAGAAGAUGAAGAGUGAGGACAACGAUGAGGGGGUGAGUGUGUGUGUGUUUGUGUGUGUGGAGGAAGGAUAGCCUUGAGAUGAUAUGAGCAGAAUAGUUUGGAGCCGAGAGUAUUGUUCUUCUAUUGUCAAAACAUUAUUCAUUGUGUAUCGCUCUUUUUGUAUCCUGCCACAGGUCAUUGAGGACUGGAAGUACGUUGCCAUGGUGAUUGACCGGCUGUUCCUGUGGAUAUUUGUGUUUGUGUGCAUUACUGGGACUUUGGGGCUGUUCAUGCAGCCCCUCUUCCAGAGCUACAACACGCCCACGGCAGACGACCUGGAGCAGAACUGA